AUGACUUGUACAUCUAAGGAUUGCAGAAAUAUGGUUGAUAAGCUAAGGCGUAUAAGGCUUGGGGAAGGAGAUGCCGCUGCAAUUCUUAAAUAUUUUGCAAAGAUGAGUACGCAAAAUUCUGGUUUCUAUUAUAAGGUGGAUUUAGAUGAGGAGGGUCACUUGGAUAAGGUGUUUUGGGCAGAUGGUAGGUCUAGAGAAGCAUAUAAGGAAUUCGGCGACGUUAUCUCAUUUGACACUACAUACUUGGUGAACAAGUAUAAUAUGCCCUUUGCCCCAUUUGUAGGGGUAAAUCACCAUGGACAGUCGAUAUUACUUGGGUCUGGGUUGGUUUCCCAUGAAAAUUCUGAUUCAUUUGAGUGGUUAUUUUCUCAGUGGCUUGAUUGUAUGUCUGGACAUGCACCUCCAGCAAUAAUUACUGACCAGGAUCUGGCCAUGAAAAAGGCAGUAAAAAUUGUAUUGCCAAAUAGCAGGCAUAGAUGGUGUUUAUGGCAUGUGAUGAAAAAGUUGUCGGAGAAGUUUAAAAGCUAUAAAAACUAUGACCGCAUUAAGUAUUCAAUGAAGAAGGUAGUAUAUGAUACACAAUAUCCGUCGGAAUUCGAAACUAAAUGGAAGGAAAUGAUAGAUAAGUAUAACUUGUCCAAUAAUGAGUGGUUAAAGGAUUUGUAUGAAGAUAAGGAGCGUUGGGUACCUUGUUAUUUGAAAGGAACUUUUUGGGCUGGAAUGUCCUCUACACAAAGGUCUGAAAGUAUGAAUUCAUUUUUCGACGGAUACCUCCGUCCACAAACAACUCUAAAACAGCUUGUAGAGCAAUAUGAGCUGGCAUUAAGGGACAAGGUAGAAAAAGAAGCUAUAGCUGAUGCAGAGUCUGCUUCCAAAAUGAUAACUACUGCCACUGAGUUUGAUAUGGAUAAACAGAUUCAGGAAAUAUAUACUUUAUCAAAAUACAAAGAGUUCCAAACAGAAUUAGUGAAGAAAAUUUACUGUGAAAUAAUCCGUCAAGUAGAGGAGGAUCCAGUAGGAACAUUCAAAUAUGUGGUUCGUGAAAGUGUGUGGUUUAAAAGGUUUGACAAACAGAAAAUUAAGAAAUUGGUUAACUUUGAUGUGAUUUUUCAUUCAAAAGACUGUGAAGUUGCUUGCAGUUGCCAGAAUUUUAGUUUUAGAGGAAUUCUCUGCAGACAUGCUAUUAGUAUAUUAACCCGUCAAGGAAUAGAGUUACUACCUGAAAAAUAUAUUGUUAGAAGAUGGAGAAGAGAUGUGAAAAGAUCCCACACAUCUAUGAAGGUUAAUGUCAAUUUUUGGGAGAAUCCUGUUGAACGUGAACGUUAUAAUAGUUUGACUAUUUUGUUCAGUGAGGUUGCAGACAUGGCAGUAAAAAAUGGUGAUGAAUUCGAUAGUAUUAAACAUUGGUUGGUCAAGAAGCUGGAGAUGUUAAAGAAACAAAAAGAAAGUGCUGAGAUUGAACCAAAAAGUCUUUCCACCAGUGAGUGUAAAGAAGGGGAAGAAACAGAUGUGAUAGAAAAAAAUGGGGAAGAAAAUAAUUUGCAUGAAGAAGCCAUGGAUUUAGUUGGAGUGGGUGUACUUGAUCCUACAAGUAAGAGACAGAAAGGAAGACCACGAAGCACGGCAUAUAAAAAUACAUGGAAACCUAGUAACAAGAAUUAUUCAACCAAUGAUGCAAGUGUAUCUAAUGAAGGUGAUGGAGAUGUAGCUUUGGAAGUUCCUACUAUGACGAAAAAGAAACGAGGCAGACCUCCAGGUAGCAAAAAUAAGAACCAAAAUAUGAACACCAAUCUGGCAGGUGAUGGAAUUGUGCAGCAAUCUCAAGCAACAUAUGCCACACAAGAGAGUGUCGUGUCCAAUGGAGUACCACCACAAGCGCCUGUAUACCAACCAUGGGGAUUAUAUCCAAUUCCCCAUUCAAAUUAUGCAGGACUGACGAUGGACCCGAAUGCAGUGACUCAAGGGUCGUCGUUUUCUUAUCUGUCCGCCGUGCUUAAUCCAUGGAUGUUUGGAGGACAGUUUGGAUAAUGCAUAAUAUUGAACCUUGUGCUGAUUUUUAGUUUUUUUGGUAGUUAUUAUGUGGACAACAA